GAGAGAGAGAGAGAGAAUAUGGACGAACUUGAGGGGUCCUCGCUCGCUCAGUCGAAGAACGAAGAUUCCGACAAUGGCGGCCGACACGGAACAGACAGUGCUGGGGAUUCAGAUUCAGAUUCAGACCCGUGGAUCCCGUGGUUCUGCAGCCGUCUUGGAAACGAGUUCUUUUGUCAAGUUGACGUCGAUUACAUAAAGGACGAUUUCAAUCGCUUCAAUCUGAGCCCUCAAGUCCCGCACUAUCGCGAUGCUCUCAGUAUGAUCUUGGAUGAGAAACCCGGCGGUGUUGCAAUUACAGAUGAGCGGGUAAAAAAGGCUGCCAAGAAGCUUUACGGUUUGAUUCAUGCGAGGUAUAUACUAACUAAAGAAGGGCUGGAUGCCAUGCUGGAGAAGUUCAAGCACUUUGAGUUCGAAAGAUGCCCGAGAUAUUGCUGCUAUGGACAAGCCUGCCUUCCUGUUGGCCUGUCGGAUCUUCCCGGGAAGAACACCGUGAAGAUAUAUUGUCCGCAGUGCAAAGACAUCUACUCUCCGGCGUCUCCGCAGGACAAGUAUCGAGCAAGGGUGGAUGGAGCGUAUUUCGGGACGACAUUCGCGCACGUGUUCCUGAUGACGUACGAGGAACUGAACCCAAAGAAGGAACCGCAGAGAUACAUCCCGAGAAUCUUCGGAUACAAGCGCGGGGCCCCGCAGGAGGGAAUUUCGUCUUCUUCGACGGCUUCCAAACGGGGAAGGUAGGGACACGCGUCGGUUAGGUGUACGGAACCAUUCUGGAUUAAGAGACUAACGGUGUCAAAGGACUUUUCCACUCCUGAUAUUUACGAUUCUGCCCUUCCUUUUGA